UUUCCAAAUGAAACCCAACCUAAUAAGCAUUACUACUGCAUUACUGUUGUUUUGCUCUCUACACAGGCUACAUAGUUGUGAUCUCACUGCUCAGUCUUGUGAGAGUUUGUCUUCAGCUCUACAUUCCUCAAACUCUGUCCUAAGAGAGCUGGACCUGAGUAACAAUGACCUGCAGGAUUCUGGAGUGAAGCUUCUUUCUGAUGGACUGAAGAGCCCAAACUGCCAUCUGGAGAUAUUGAGAUUGUCUGGCUGUAUGGUGACAGAGGAAGGCUGUGGUUAUGUGUCUUCAGCUCUGAGUUUGAACCCUUCACACCUGAGAGAGCUGGAUCUAAGCUACAAUCACCCAGGAGAUUCAGGAGUCAUGCUUUCUGAAAAACUGGAGGAUCCAACCUGCACACUGGACAAACUCAAUGUGGAUCAUGGAGGAGAGAUCAGGAUUACACCAGGACUAUGGAAAUAUUCCCAUCAGUUCACUCUGGAUCUGAACACAGUGAAUAAAUUCCUCUAUCUGUCUGAGAGGAACACAGUGAUUACAUUCACUGGCCCAGAUCUUCAGUCGUAUCCUGAUCAUCCAGACAGAUUUGAUUAUUAUCAUCAGGUGUUGAGUAGAGAAAGUGUGUGUGGACGCUGUUACUGGGAGAUUGAGUGGAGUGGAGAUGAUGGUGUGUUUAUAUCAGUGUCAUAUAAGAGCAUUAGCAGGAAGGGACGGGGUAUUGAGUGUGUGUUUGGAUGGAAUGAUCAGUCCUGGAGUUUGAGCUGCACUCCCUCCAGUUACUCAUUCAGACACAAUAACAUACGGAUUGAACUCCCUGUAAAGCCCAUCAUCAGCAGGAGAACAGGAGUGAAUGAUGAUGAUGAUGAUGAUGAUCACUAUAGAGUAGGAGUGUAUGUGGAUCACAGUGCAGGAACUCUGUCCUUCUACAGCAUCUCUGGAGACACAAUGAUCCUCAUCCACACAGUCCAGACCACAUUCACUCAACCACUCUAUCCUGGGUUUAGGCUUUAUUAUGGAUCAUCAGUGAAACUGUGUUGA